ACCGGUGGAUGUGCGCUAUUGCUAUACCUACUUUUUUAUACAUACGUAGUGUAAAGAUGGCGUCGACGGUGUGUGUUUCUAGGUGCCGACUUUUAGCAAAAUUAGAAAUAAAUCGUGGUUUGUGUUUAUCACCGAUUUUUAGGGAUUUGUCAAAUAGCAGGGAGUCAUGGUGUCGAAGGUGGCGGCCAACGCGCCGCUGCUUCUUCACAAGCGUAUGCGCACACGGAUCCAAGUCGACGGGAAAAGUCGAGCACGAAAAAUCUGAUGGUUCGCGUUUGACCCCAAUUAUUUCACCUGAAGAAGUGACGGUGACUUACCGGCGUGGUCUACCAGUGAUCACGAUACCGCUGCCGUCGCGUCGCGAGAAAUGCCGGUUCACGCUGCGACCAGUCUCGCAGACCGUCGGAGACCUGCUUGAACAGUUGAAAGCGGAGGAUCGCGGCGUGGAGCGCGCGGCGGCGAUGGCAGCCGACGAGCGCGUGCGCAUCGCCGCAAGCGACACGGUGGAGGCGCUGCUCGAGCACGACUUCCGGCUCAUUAUCAACGAUACGGAGUACUACGUCAAGAGUCCGGCGCAGGAAAGGCUGAGCGCCGAGGAAGUGACGCGACUGAGCGACGUCCGCAACCUGGUCAACCAGUUGUACGAGGCUCUCAACGUGAGGGAACACCAGAUUCGCAAGGAGCGCGAGAUCAGGGCGCAGUUAGAGAAACUGUCUGCGGAGCUGCAGCCGCUUGAAGAGAAACGUAUGUCGCUAGAAAUGGAGACGACACGCAGGACGUCUGCUCUAACUUGGAUCGGGCUGGGUCUUAUGGGCGUGCAGUUUGGGGUCCUGGCUCGACUGACGUGGUGGGAGUACUCCUGGGACAUCAUGGAGCCAGUGACGUACUUUGUGACCUAUGGCACCGCGAUGGCUGCGUAUGCUUACUUCGUGCUGACGAAACAGGAGUACGUGUUACCCGACGUGAAGGACCGCCAGCAUUUACUGACUCUGCACAAGAAGGCAAAAAAGAUCGGAUUGGAUAUCAACCAAUAUAACCAUCUGAAGGAUCAGGUAAACAAAUUGGAAAAAGACCUGCACCGUCUGCACGAUCCUCUUCAGAUUCACCUGCCAACUUCCUACGUAGAGAAACUCAAAGAAGACAAGCGUUCCCCUCUCUCCAAGAUUAAGGACAUGCUAGAAGAAACGGGAAAGAAGAUGAAGAUCACGUAAUAUUGGCUGUCCCUCCGCCGCCGCGACUGGUAGGCGAACAACGGUUGUUUAAUACAAUGUACACACUUGGACGAAUAUUUUUGAGGUUAUGUUCGGAGUUCGCGGAAAAUGUUGAAUCGGGUUUGAAUUAUUUUUGAUUUAGAAAGAGAAUUUUUUGAAAGACUGAUUUUGAAAUGAUUUAUUUUUGCUUAAAAUCAGCUCUAGAUGGUUGUUUGUGUAAACAACCUACUGUAGACGUAAACCGCUACGCGCACGCUAUCGUCAGUUGUCGAAUGCUUGUUUCUAGCGUAGAAAGAAACAAAACUGUGUCCACAAAACGGCAACGUUGCAUUUGCCAACCGUCAUCUUGGUCCUUGAAUCGUCAUGCAUUUACCUUGCGAGACGUUGCCGUUCCGUGGAUAUAAGGUUACAAGUGAGUGUAAGAUAUUUUUGAGGUUAUGGGUGAUAAAAUGGAAGCUGAUUUACGAUUAAGUUCUCAGAAUAUACUCGAAGAAUAAAUCAAGUAACUUCUAAAUAAGCUAUUUUCCAGUCUUCUCAAAUCAAAAAGUUCAUAAUAUUCUUAAUCAGUCUAAAUCAUCUUAAAAUAUAAUUAUACAAAAUGAUACGUAAACUUAAAAAUAAGUAAUAACUUAACAAAUUUCUCCGUAUAAAAUAUUCGUCCAAGAAUUUAAUAAAAUGUAGCUUGUUAUUAUAUGACGGACGUUGCACUUUUCUCUGAUUUAAAGUUAACUGUUACGAAGUAAUUUUUUGAAUAUGUCUUAAACUGUAGCCUUUUUACAUUUUUAAAUUUUACUUACGAUCAUUCUAUUUAUUUAUUAGUUUCGAUUUUGAAUCCGAAAGCUGGCGGCUCUAAAUUAUCAAAAAUAUACAUUGUGUGUUGCAUCGUUUUGUUUAGGUAUAUCAAAAUUUGCAGCACAAUGUAUACCCAGCUUAAGAUUCAUAAACUAAAGCCGUAGUAUUGUAGUAAGUACCAGCAUUUAUGUAGUCUUGCCAUACGUAAGUAAAAUUUAAUUUGUAAAAAGGAUUUGCCAAAGUCUGAUAACACUGCUAUACGGUUAGCUUGUGUAGCAAGAACUGUUCUAGACUUAAAAAAAAAGUUUGAAAUGCCGUGUUCUUAACCUAAACAAACUAAUAACUAACCUAAAAAUAUCCAAAAAGUAUGAAAAUUUAGUCAUUUUCCAAAAAAGUUUUUUCGAAUUUAUAUUACUUACUUACAACUAUAUUAUUGGCAUUUCUCCUUUUUGGAAACUAGGAAAUAUAAAUUUAGCACGUAUUUAUGUUACCAUUACUAGCAAAUGAAUACUUGGGACUUAAAAAAGUACAAGUUGCGAUCGUCACCUUAUAUAUUCUAGCUUAAUACGGCUCUAGUAAAAUAUAUUACGUUUGUUUAGGAAAAUGUGGCUUCUUUUAUAGUUUUAAUUAAUUAAUGUUUUUGAAAACAUGCUCAGUAUAGUUUCCUAUAAAAUUUAAGACGUGUGAAAUUUAAUUUUAGUGACUAACUAAAUAGUUACCGCACAACUAAUCAGUCAAUCAUAUAAAACAAAUUCUUACGUCGGUAUAUCUAAUUUUCUGUGCCAAUUUCGGUUUUGAAGGUUGAUAUUUAAGUACGUUAUAGUCAAACUAUCGAACGCAUUAUUCUGCCAAAUCUAUAUUCAGACACUCAAUUGCAAAAAUAAAAUGACCUCAUGCACACGCAAAUAGUAUAUUUCUCAAUAAUUCACUUUUAAAUUUUAAUUACUCAUUUAUACCAAUUUAUCGAACUGGUACUUUGUAACGUGACUUUAAAAACAUAAUAUAAACCCUCCUUUUCGCUUCGCCAUAGUAAAAAGGGGAAAUCACUAUCAUUGUAAAGAUAUCUCUGCGGACUCUACCAAAAAAUAUUUGUAUCUCGGGCACUGACUGAGACCUAAAAACAGCCUGGGCAUUUAACUGACGAACAGACAUCUAUAUGGGAGGAUGAUUAUAAACCAGGUGGCCUUUGCGGGAUCUACCACCGCUGGUGGGUUAGUUCAGCUGUCACCACAAGCCACCAGUGGUUUAGGGUGGACCGCAAUGGGGUAGACCAAUACCACUCCAAAGAUGGCGAUCGGCCUUCUAGGCGCCCGGCUUAUUGGCCAUUUACCCGAUCUGCCCUAUGGCUAGUCCGGGCCUGUAUAUUUCAACCUUCAAAAAAGAAUUAAGCCAAAACAAAUAGUCGAACGUACACUGUAAGUAUCCACCGGCAAACAAAAAUAUCUCUUGAUCCUUUGAGAGCAAGGCAAGAUUUGGAUCAUCAGAUCAUCACGGUAAUAUAAGUAGUAAAUGUUCUAGUCUCUACUAAUUAUAUUCUGUUUUAUUGACGACAUAUGAUUAAGGAAGUAACGAUAAGCGCGUAAAUGUCUACGAGGAUGAUCUAUAUUGAUGGUUUUACCAUUCAAAUGUGUUGUAAACAUGGUCCUCCUUAUCGCAUCUGACAACCGACUAUGGUCCUUGUUUAAAAAGACAUGCGAUAGAUAACAAUAUUCAUUGCACAUGGACAAACCUUUUGACCUUAGUGCCACUACUGAAUGCCGUCUAUUCUGUAAGUGGGACUAACAGUUCUUAUUCUGGAGUAAGAACUAACUCAAUUUAGAAGUUCUUCCAGAAAAGGAACUGUAAUUGAUUAUCGUUACUUUAUUAUCAUGUAUAACUAUUAGCUAAGGAGAUAAACUGUGCAUUAUUGUUAAUUUGUAAUAAUUGUAGAAAAAUAUGAAAUAUUUAAUAUAAUAAGUUCAAAGAGCACAAAACUUGUGAGUAAAUUUUGGUCAUUAUAAAGUAAAAUUUGCACAAAAAUAGGAUUUAAGCUAUGGUGCUUGCAGAUUAAAUUUUUCUAUAAAUUAUUUUACUGUUCGAAAGCUUUUAGUGAUAAAUUGAGUUUUAAUUAAAUCGAAUAUUAUGUUAAGGAGAAUUUUGCUGAAAUGUUGAUUUAUUAUUAAAAUUGAAUUGAAUUUUUA